AUGGCAGUAGUGCAUGAGUUUUGUACAAGUGGAAGAAUAGACACAAGGCAUAAUUCAACUUUUAUUGCAUUGGUUCCUAAAAGAGAUAGUAUUGAAACCAUAAAAGAUUGUAGGCCUAUAUGUUUGCUAACUAGUGUUUACAAAAUUAUAUCAAAAGUUCUUGCUACAAGAUUAAGCUUAGUUAUGGAUAAACUUAUCUCACCGAUGCAGUGUGCUUACAUUCAAGGAAGACAAAUUAUAGAUGGUACUCUCAUAGCUAAUGAUAUGGUAGAUUCAAGAAUAACCUCAGGUGUUCCUGGAUUAAUAUGCAAAAUUGAUCUAGAGAAGGCAUUUGACAGACUUCUUUCUCUGUUCUUAUUAAUAGAACUUCUUUUGGGCACUUCACUAGCUCUAGAGAGUGCUUUGAAAAUAAACACAGCAAAGACAAGAAUUAUUCCAAUUGGGGAUUGUCAAGACUUACAAGCUUGGGCAAUGGAGUUAGGUUGCAUUACUGAUAAGCUUCCUUUUAUAUAUUUGGGUAUGCCACUUGGAGCUAAAGUAAAUUACAAAGCUAUAUGGGAUCCUAUUCUCAACAAAUUUUAUGCCAGGCUUUCUCAUUUGAGCAAAAUUUCAGUUUCCAAGGGAGGUAAACUCACAAUACUGAAAACUAUUUUUUCUUCUCUUCCUCUUUACUACUUCUCUCUUUUUAAAGCUUCAGUCUCGGUCAUAAAUCGACUUGAAAAGAAAAUGAGAAAUUUCUUAUGGGGUAGUUCUAAAACUUCUCAUUUGGUAAAAUGGAGUUUGGUGCUUGCUGAUAAGAGUAGAGGAGGUUUAGGUGUUUUAAAUUUGAGGAAAAUGAACAUUGCAUUACUUGCAAAGUGGGUCUGGAGAUUUGGUAUGGAGAAAGAUCAGCUUUGGUGCAGGAUAAUAGCUGAGAAACAUUUCUCUAUGUCUUCUUAUUGGUUACCUGGUAGAGUAACAAAUUCUUCUGGUAUUUCUUGUUGGAAAAUUAUUGUUGAAACCAGUCAGCUGAUCAAAUUGAAUGUUGCUAUUAAUAUUCACUCCGGUUCAAGGGUUUCUUUCUGGUUUGACAAAUGGAGUGGAGAUGAGUCUUUAUGUACUUCUUUUCCUGAAUUGUUCAGAUUAGCUAAAGAUAAAUAUAGUUCAGUUGCUGGUCAUAUUUCUAAUGGAAGUUGGGCUUUUGAUUUUAAAAGAAGAUUGCUGGAAGAUGAAGUUAUUAAGUUUGCGGUUUACAAUUCAGUUUACUGGAACAUGAUCCCAGCAGCUAUAGUCUGGGUCAUUUGGGUAGAACGAAAUGCACGCACUUUUGAAGAGAAGCACAUUUUCAAAACUGAUUUGGAUUUAAUCAUAGAAGCCAAAUCAUUGGUAACUUCCUGGGCAAGAGCUUUUGGUCAUCAAAAUGUUACGGUAGCUGACAAUUGGGAUGCAAAUUUUCACCAAAUGUAA